AUGGGGUGGAUCAUGCGACCCUGUCUGAGUCUCCUACUGUUACUGGCCGCCCUUAUACAGCCUGGUACCGCCCAAGUUUGUUCCUUCUGGAGUGGCAGUUGUCUCGACGCUCUCGCUCAAACUGCCGUUACCUUUGGCUUCCCUCCUCUGUUCGAGGGCAGCCUUACCCUCUACUAUGGCUUCGAUGCCACCUCUCACGGAAAGGGCCAGGAGCCCAUGACGAAGGUCAGCUAUUGGCUUGGCUAUGGAGCCGUGAUCAACAACUCUGUCAUCGACGCGAACCGCACCUCGGAGAUCGCCAUGCGGAUAGGCAACCUAACCGGAACGCCCUCUGGUCACAACAAUGGCUGCGACGGUGUCUGGGGUGCACAGUGCUCAGCCGAUCUGAAGGCAAUGUUGAAGCAGGCCUUGUAUGGAGUUACGACCAGCGGGGCGUACUACAACUAUCCCUUGGACACCGUGCUGAGUGAGAUGCUGAUCAACAAGCCCUAUCUGUCCAAUUGCCCGCCACCGCUUUUCGACGUCGCAGCCAUUCCUUCUACCGCGUUCGCUCAAGAAACUGAUACCGAUCUGACCGCAACGAUCCAGACUGCCGGAACCAGCGACGACCCGUGGAAGACAUGGUUCAUCGACAAUGUCACUGCCAACGAACAAGCAGAACAGGUCGCGGUUGCUUUCCUCAGCCGGGCCCCUUCGUACAACGGACUGCCGCCGGACACCGAGGAUGAUAUACAAGUAGAACUUAUCUGCACCCAAGCGCCGUCCAGUGGGGGUUCCUCGUCUAGCCAGGGUUCCUGA